UGAAUUACUGGUACAUUAAUUUUCUACACCAAAAAAGUAUCAAAAAUUCUGAAAAUUUUUUAAGUUCGACGUCAAAAGGUCUUCAUAACUUUUACUAUUUAAUACCAAUAAAUCCAGUUUUUGACGCGCUUUAAUUCGGUGUAAAAAUACAUUUGUGAUAUCAUUGAUACUUUAAGUUGUAGAGGGGGGCGUAAUUGUUUUUUAACACCCUGCAGAUCUGAAGCACAUGUCAGAAUCAAAGUUCGAUCGAAACAGAAUAUUUUUUUUUCGUGCUUUUCUUUGAAUACUGUGCGAAGAUGACGUGGUUUUAAAAUAGUUUUCUCUGAUAUAGUAUAAAACAAAACAGCGUCCGAAAUUCUGUUCUUUCUAUAGCUGAAAGUCACAUCAUCUUUGUUUUAUUCUGGUGCGUACAUUAAUCAUCUUUCGAUGUAAAUAUACUAAUAAAAGUUUCAAAUUUUUUCGUGAGAUUAUUUGAGCAAGGCGCAUCUCCUAUUACAUCUAGUCCAUCGUCUCUACAAAGGAGAGAGGUUUUCUAUAGUGCGAAAUGUAAUAUGAAAAAAAGCACAUGUUUCUCUGACAUGUUUACAAUUUCUAUUUAAAAAUAAAAUUGUUCGACUCACCAAUUUGCAUGACAUUAUAUAAAAAUUAAACCAAAUAAAAAGCCUUUAUGUACGAUUUAAAACAAAGUAGCCUAAAAGUUUAUUAUUAACUACUAAAGUUUGCUUGAAAUAGUUGAAUUAGUUGUAAUCAAUAAACUUUUGCAAACAUUAUUUAUGUCAAGCGUUACUAUCCUACUAUUGAAAAACAAAACCUGAAAUAGCUCUUUAGUAUUGAUGCAGAAUACUUAAUGGUAUUACAAACUCAAAUUCUUUUUUUGUAAAAGUGCAAGAGCAAAAAAAAAAUAAUAUUAAUGUUGUUUUUCUUUUUCUUUCUCUUAAAAGUAAUAAUUUGAUAGAAAGAAGUCAGCCUGCAUUUUUAUUUUGCAUGAUGCUACUAAAAAACAAUUAGAAGAAUUGCGCAUAAGUUCUAAAUUAAUAACUUUUUAAAAUUUUGUGUUCAGCUGAAUUUUUCUAUUCAAAAAAAUUUAUUCUAUUGACAUAAAUGAGUAUGCGAAAAUUUAUUGAACGAUAAUUAGGUGACAUCAAUUAGUCCGAGUGUAGAAGGCUGCAAAAUAAAAUCGCUAAAUUAAAUUUAUUAGUGUCAUUAUGAAAUAACUUAGAGAGGUCCAGAAAAUAUUUUAACUGUCUAUUAAAGGACAACAAAUAUUAGUUGUGCGUAUAAAUAUAGAUGUUUAGUAAACUCUUCAAAUUGAGCAUGAAGCCUUACACUCUCCACUUUAGAGGAUCUUGGCCAUUAUAAAUGCUAGAGCAUUGAGAAUGUUGGUGUGUAUAAUUGGUGAAAAGUGUAAGUCAGAGAUACAAUGCUGCUUUGAUGGCUUAAGUACAAAGAAAAUUCUGAAUAGGUGCCAUCCAUUGUUAUCUAACAUGAUUCUCUUCCUACUUACACAAUGGAAGCGGAAUCGCGUCUCUGACCUAUACUUUUGACCAGGUGUAUACAAACUUGUUCUUUACCAAUGAGAUCAUUUACAAAUUCAUUCCAUAGGUCGAGUCUUAUGGGCUCUCAUAGAAGCACUCUAAAGUUCGACUCGAGUAUUUCUGAAAUUUUUUUUACUUUUUAGUAUACCUGCAAACUUUCAGUUUUUAAAUUAUUUAUUCUACUGUGUAUAGAUUUAUCAUAGCCAAGCCUAAAUACUUUCGUUUACCUUACGUUUAUUUUUUUUUUAUUAAUUGACUGAAAAUGAUCGCAGUUAAGACUAAACUCGAACGUUCAAGUUCGGUGCAUGUCUAUUUAAUAUUGAGGUUUGUGGAUAGUGAAAUAGGAAACGUGCUUCUGUGAAUCAUACGAUCAAUUUUUGUUUUCCAAUGAAAUCUUUUUAGAAAUACGAUAAUUCAAUGAAUUAGAUUUCCAUUAACAGUUUUAAGUGAUUGAAUCAUUUUCGUGAAUAUUUUGGUGAUUUAAUAUAUCUAAGCAACGAUGAUGAAUAAAUAAAAUAAUUAAUUUAAAAUUAAGUUUUUUUUAGCGUACACGAGUUAAGAAGAAUUAUGUGGACGAUGACGAUUUCUUUGAAGAAGUAUUGGAAAAAGGACAAAAAUGGAACAUAGAAGUAAAAUUAAAUGCUCCAGAUAAUUACCAAGGCAAAUUUGUUGAAGAACUAACAGCUGAUGAAUUCAAUGUAUCCUAUAUUCAACGUACCGGUUUUCCAAAUCCAAUAAUUAUAAAACAACAUCGUGGUUUAGGCCUUCAAGUUCCAACAUCUCAUUUCACAAUUCAUGACGUUCGUUCAUGUAUUGGUUCUCAACGUCUCAUUGAUGUUGUUCAUGUUGAUACUCAAGAAUCAUCACAAAUGACAAUGAAAUCAUGGACAGAUUAUUAUGAUCAAUCACCAGAAAAACGUUCUCAAUUAUUAAAUGUUAUUUCACUUGAAUUUAGUCAUACAAAACUUGAAAAAUAUGUUGAAUCACCAUUGCUUGUACGUGAAAUUGAUUGGGUAUCAAAUGCUUGGCCUAAAUAUUGGGAAAAUGUUCAAGCUGAAUAUCAAAAUGAUCUCAAACAGGAACAUAUGUAUUAUCCAAAAACUCGAAAGUAAAAUAUGAAAGUUUCUUUUUUAUCAUAAACAAAACAAAAGAAUGAAAUCGGUUCUCUCAAAAAAAUGAUGCUAUGUCUAGGUCAGUUCAAAUUAGCUGUUAUUCUCUGGUGGGAGUGAAAGAAUGAAUUUCAUUUGAAAAAUGAUUUCAACAAUCUAACUGAAGUCUUAAGGUUAUAAUUAGGCAUGUACCGAGCCCGAGUAGCUCGGGCUCGGUCAGGCUCGGGCUCGGUUGGGCUCGGGCAGGCUCGGGCUUGAUGGGGCUCGGGCUCGGUUAGAUUCGGUAGAGCUCAGUAAGGCUCGGUCAGACUUGGGUUCAGCUUUUCUUCCUCCCCUCAAUGAAGUUUCUUAAGCGUUUUUUUCUUUCGUGUAUCAUAGUCAAAUCUUUCUUAUGAUUAUUUCAACAUACUAACCGACAGAAUAUCUCAAGCUUAUACAUGGUCAUACAACUCGGCUUUAUGACCGUUAAUCCAUCUGCUGGUUUGAAUAUUACGAUCUAUAUGAGAAGAAUUCAAAUCACAGAAGCGAAUGUUUUUAUUUCAUUAUUU